AUGCACUCCUCCGCACUGACAAGACAGCACCGAGGUGUCUUAAGACGAACCCGGGCGAUGGACACAAAAGUUUACACAGUCAACGGAGCGACAGCGAGCUCAUCGUCCUCCCUACCGGAUUGGUUAACACGGAAGCGAGCAGCCAAAGGGAAGGGGAAACGGGCCAUUCGCGAGCAUUACGAGGGCACGUUAGAGUUGAUCCAGGGAUUCGAGUUUCCCGAAGCGAGCAAUAGGAUCAAGACCACUCGAGAUGGGCAGCACGUAGUAGCGACGGGGACUUACAAGCCGCAAAUGCGCGUGUGGGAUCUCUCGCAGCUAUCGCUCAAGUUUGAACGGCAUUCCGAUGCGGAGAACGUCGAUUUUGUGAUGCUUUCUGAUGAUUGGACGAAGGCUAUACUGCUACAGAACGAUCGGACGGUUGAACUGCACACGCAGGGGGGAUUCCACUAUCGAACAAGGAUACCCCGCUUCGGACGUUCGAUCGCAUACCACUUUCCUUCAUGCGAUGCUCUGGUCUCUGCCUCCGGAAAUGAAAUAUAUCGGCUCAAUCUCGAACAAGGCCGUUUCAUGACUCCGCUUGUCCUGCAGGACGACGAGGCAGAUAUUCCCGGCGUCAACGUGAUCGACAUCAACCCCGUCCACCAACUGUUCGCCUUUGGGAUCGAGAGCAACGGCACCGCUCAGUUCUGGGAUCCUCGGUCACGCUCUCGAGUGGGCUUACUCCGGUUACCCCGAAGCCGACUGCUACCCCCAGGUUCAGCCAACGACAUCAGCGUGACAGCCAUAUCGUCAAGAUCGGACGGGCUUUCGUAUGCCCUGGGCACGUCCACCGGGCACACCCUUCUGUACGACAUCCGGGCCGCUCAACCAUUCGCGCUCAAAGAUCAGGGAUACGGGUUACCCGUGCAGAAUGUAUCCUGGAUUGAGGGAGGCAGCAAGAUGGCUGGUGACGGAAUGGUGUUGAGUGCGGACAAGAAGGUCAUCAAGAUCUGGGAACGAGGCUCUCCUGCGACGAACUUCGUCUCCAUCACCCCGGCGGCAGACAUGAACGACGUGCACCAUGUUCCAGGCAGCGGAUUGCUGAUGACUGCAAACGAGGGCAUUCAAAUGGCCACGUACUACAUCCCCCAAUUGGGGCCUGCGCCUCGGUGGGCCAGCUUCUUGGAAAACGUCACAGAAGAAAUGGAGGAUCAGACCACCCGCUCGGUCUACGAGGACUACAAGUUUGUCGAGCGCAACGAACUCAAGACGUUUCCUCGGUCUCGACCAUCUCGUGGGAACCCCUGCGCUCAAGCCCUACAUGCACGGAUACUUCCUCUCACUCAAGCUCUACGAUGCAGCGCGCGUCAUCGCCAAUCCAUUUGCAUACGCCGAGCACCGCGAAAAAUGGUGCGAGAGAAGAUGGAGAAGAUGGCAGAAACUCGCAUCCGGGCCAAAAAAGACGGAGGCGUUGGUGUCAAGGUCAACAAGGCGCUGGCGGAAAAGAUCCUACGCGAGGCAGAACGGGAGCAGAAGCGAUUGGAGAGGAAAAAGAAACGUGCCGCCGCCGCCACCACCACUGCUCAGCCCGAGGACGCCGACGCCAUGGACCAGGACGAGCCAGCAGAAACAGAGAGCGCUCCUGUCACUUUGCUCAACGAUCCCCGUUUCGCCAAAGUAUUCGAGGAUCCAGCGUUCGCUGUCGACGAGACCAGCCGCGAGUUCGCGUUACUCAAUCCCUCAGCUGUCGCGCAACGCAAAAAUGGGACACAGCCACGAGGCAAGACUGCCGUCGAAGACGAAGAGGACGAGAGCGACAAAUUCUCCUCUGAUGGCCUGGACGACAGCGAUGAUGAUGAAGACAAAGGCGGGGACAGCGACAGCGAUAGUAGCGCUGCUGGAGCUCUCAACGAAUUCGAUCCCCGAGUUCGACCGGGACAGAAGAACGCCCGGAUGGAGAACGCUUACUCUCGCGCUCGCGAGCAAAAUCGGCUGGCCAGUCGACGUACCCUGGUGCCAAUGAAUGCAUCGGCCAGUGGGAGCAGAGGCGUCGAUCCCAAUGCUACAUUUGGGCAGCGCAAAGCUGGCAGUGGAAAACCCCCCAGAGCCGCCGAGACCCGAACGACGAGGACCAGUGAUGGCGGUGUCGAGCUCACUUGGGUCCCGUCGUCGACGGCAUCUGCAUCAGAUCCACUGGUGCCUGACUCACGGCCUGCCAAAACGCAAUCGCGCAAGGGAGUGGAGCGGUUCGGUGCUGGGAUGGAGCGAGGACACACGGGAGACGAGGGCGAUAUUUCCGAGCAAGACCGAAAAGGCAGGACGAAACGACGGACUGGCGUGCGCAGUGGCAGUAAAAACGUGUUCAGACGGGCUGAUCUGUAG